AUGGGGUGUCGGGAUCCCGCGUGCCGGGGGGGACGAGGGCCCGCGUGGGCAGAGCGGCACAGAGGGCCCCUUUGUGCCGCGUGUGGGCGGCCGGCCCGGCGGAGGGCGGCUCCGGGGCCGCGCUCGGUGCACAAGGGCUCUGUCCUGCUCCGCUUGCAGCUGGAGGGGACGCUGGACCUGGCCGAGCGGCGCCGCAUCCGCUCGGCCAUCCGGGAGCUGCAGCGGCAGGAGCUGGAGCGGGACGAGGAGGCGCUGGCAUCCAAGCGCUUCCGCUCGGAGCGCGGCAGCCACCGGCAGGACAACAAGGAGAACUGGCUGCGGUCGCAGCAGCUGGAGGAGGAGCAGCAGAAGGCCCUGGCCUCCCUGUCCCAGCAGCUCGAAUCCAUCUCCGACGUGGAGGAGCUGACCAAGCUGCUGCGGGGGGCCAGCGAGUAYGAGGAGCGCAAGCUGAUCCGCGCUGCCAUCCGCAAGCUGCGCGCUGAGGAAAUCGAAGCGGCGGCGCUGGCGGGGAGCGCGCGGAGCAGCCGCACCAGGGACGCGGAGCCGCCGACUACAGCAGCGGAGAGUGGCCCGAGUGGGGAGCGCGCGCGGGCAGCCCUGCCCGGCAGCCGCGACGGAGAUGCCGCCGAGCGCCCCGCGCACGAUGCCCACACGGACAACAGCCGGCAGCACCAGGACGAGCCGCCCGUCCCGGCCGUGGGCACCGAGAGCAGCCCCAGCGGCGACGCCGACGCGCCGGCGGCUCUGGAGGCAGCCGCAGCCGGACGCCCAGGAYGUGAGCGAGGCAACGUGGAGGAGCGGGAGCACGUCCGCACAGAGAGCCCGGAGCCGCAGAGCGCCCCGCAAACACCCGGCGCCCGCGAUGCAGCCUCGGGGACCCUCGUGCUCCUGGAUCUCCAGCAGGUCCCAGAGGCCUGUCCUGGUGCUGGGCCAGAGCCCGAGGAGGUGGUCGAGGAGCUGGCGGCUCCGGCUGCCCUGCGGUACCAAACUUGGGAGGAAAAGGGCCCGGAGCGGCCGCGCACGGAGCGAGACCCCGUGGCAGAGCAGCCGGAGGCCCCGCAUGGCACCGGCACCCAGGAGAGCUCCCGCCCGGAGCAGGCGCCCCCGGGAGCGCCCUGCGCCCUCAGCCAGGCCAGCCAGUUUGUCGUCUGCGUGAGGGGCCACGUGCCGCCGGGGAACCCUCCUGCGCAGAAGGCAGCAGCCGCCGGCGCCCGCCCCGCCGCCGCCGACGCCAUGAAGACCUGCUUCACCAUCGAGAUCAAGGACGGGCGCGUGCAGCCCCUCAGCACCCGCGUCGUGGGGGCCCCCGGCAGCCAGCGGGCAGAACUCACCCUGGGGCUGAGGAGCGCUCCCAUCCGCAUCACCACCGUGCCCAGCGCCGCCGGCACCGCCAGCAGCAGCUGCACCUAUGUCACCAAGAUGGAGCCGGAGGUGGUGGAGCAGCCCCCCGCGCCGAGGCGGGAGCGGGAGCUUCCCAACGGCACCGAGAAAGCACAAGCGAGGGAGCCGGAGAAGAGGAGCAAGCUGAGUGCCGAGGAGCUGAGCAGGAUCGAGGACGAGGAUGUUCUGGAUAAGAUGCUGGAUCAGACGAUGGACUUCGAGGAGCGGCGGCUGAUCCGGACUGCGCUGCGGGAUCUGCGGCAGCGCAAGCGAGAGCAGCGGGAGAAGGAGCGGAACCAGCAGAUGCAGGAGCUCAAGAGCCAGGCGGCGGCUGCGCGGGCCGGCCACAGCACCGAGAGCACCACGACGCGGAGCAGCCAGUCGGCCGACGGCUCGGCCCGCAGCACCCUCACCAAAACCGAGCGCCUGAUGCACUCCAAUGACGGCAGCAAGACCUCCCGUACGACAACCAUGGAGUCGAGUUACGUGAAGAGACAAGACAAUGGCAGCAGCACGUUUGUUCAAACCAAAUCGUCCUACAGCUCCUCUUCCAAGAAGACGGGCAGCAUCUUCGACCGUGAGGACGAGAGCACCUCAAGACAGAGCAGCCUGGCCGCGCUGGAGCGGCGCCAGGCUGAGAAGAAGAAGGAGCUGCUGAAGGCUCAGAGCCUGCCCAAGACAUCCACCUCGCAGGCUCGCAAGGCCAUGGUGGAGAAGCUGCAGAAGGAGGGUGGGAGCCCUGCAAACCCRGCCGUGUCGCGCACCGCUGUGCAGCGCUCCUCCAGCUUCGGCGUCCCCAACGCCAACAGCAUCAAGCAGAUGUUGCUGGACUGGUGCAGAGCCAAGACCCGGGGCUAUGAGCACGUGGACAUCCAGAACUUCUCGUCCAGCUGGAGCGAUGGCAUGGCCUUCUGUGCCUUGGUGCACAACUUCUUCCCUGAGGCAUUUGACUACAGCCAGCUCACGCCCCAGAACCGCCGCCACAACUUCGAGGUGGCCUUCUCCUCUGCAGAGAAGCACGCAGAUUGUCCGCAGUUGCUGGACGUGGAGGACAUGAUCCGGAUGCGCGAGCCGGAUUGGAAGAUGCUGGUGGACUGCGUGCCCCUGGUGGAGGUGGAAGACAUGAUGAUCAUGGGCAAGAAGCCGGACUCCAAGUGCGUCUUCACCUACGUGCAGUCCCUGUACAACCACCUGCGUCGCCACGAGUUGCGCUUGCGGCAGAACGAAUGCUAGAGGCCGCCCGCCGCCCACUGCCGCUUCCCCGCAGCGCCCGCGCGAGG